GCGAAACUCCCCCACUGCCACAUCUCACUCUGGGCCCACUUCUACGCCUUAUAUUGAAACUUAUAUCAAAAGCUAAAAAGAGUCAGAGACGAAGCCGAACAAAACACAAAUAACUGGAAUCUACUCCACCUUCGCCACCACCCACACACCCCCCAUAUAAUACCACCCCCUCGUAUAUAAACCCCCUCUUUCUCUCUCUCUUUCUCUCUCUCUCUCAAUCUCUAUCUUUCUUGCUUUUAACAUUUUUCUCAUUCUCAUCCGCCACUCCUCUUAUCUUUCUCAAUAGCAUAUCUCUUUCUCAGAGACGCGCAGACGAUGAUGGUGAGGGACGAGUGGGUGAGGGCGGCGAUGACAGACGACACGGUGGUGGUAGACCUGCUGGUGCGGCUCAAGCAGUCGCAAGCGGCGGCGGCGGCGGCGUCGUCGUCCUCGCCCAAGUCGUGGCCUAGAGCGGUGGUUCCGCUAAGGUGGGGUCUGAGGCAGCCCAGGUCCAGGCCCAGAUGCGACGCCGUUUCGCGGAAGAAGGAAGCUGAUUUCACCAGAUGCAGCCCCACCACGCCCCUCUCCUGGAGCGGCGGCGCCUCCCCCUCCCCCACUACCGACGGCUUCGAAGCCUCCAGCUUCCCCGCCAGCAGAUCCAAGGGUACUGCUGCAAAUGAAUCGACAGCUACCAAGAUGUCAAGAAGAAAAAAGACAUAUGCUGAACUCAAGGAGCAGGAGAGUUCUCUGUUGAAGGAAAGGAUACACUUGAAAAAGGAGAUAGCAACACUUCGUGCAACUUUUAAGGAACAGAGGGCCAAAAAUGAGAGCUUCAAAAGAAUGAAGCUUGGUUUGGUUUUGCAUUCUGCAAAGAAUCUGUUUGCAACUUCUGAUGGACUGGAGAGAGCAGUUAAAAGAGAACCCUACCAGAGAGUAGCCUCCACUCCUGACCAUAUAUCUUCGAGUUUACCGGCACAUGGCGCAAAUGAUGAUAAUCCUCAAUCGGAAACUUGCAAGGCAGUCUUGCUGCCUGAUCUAAAUAUGAUGCCAUCGGAGGAGGAUUCCAGCUCUAACACCUUAUAUGGGAUGAGCUGAGAAAUGCAUGCUGACUGCUUUUCUUCUCCUCACCAAAAGAACAUGGCUAUACGACUAUCAAACGGUCUCUAUUCUUACGGAAAGCACGAUCGAUCCGCCCGCCAAGGACCCCUUUGUAGAUGAAACUGUAUAAAACUUUCGAUGAAGUUGCAGAUGGUAGGAUUCAAGCAAGCUGGAAAGACUUGGAGAGAAGGAUUUUGAGGGUAGAGUAGCAACAAUCCUGGCCAUUAGGCUGACGAAAUCAUUGAUUUGCGGCAGGUUCCUACUUUCCCCCAAAAUUGUCUUGGGUGAGCCCUUUGUUACUUCUCGUUUCAGAAAUAUGUACACAUAAUUGUGUCAUUCUUUGUAGGCAAACAGCUGUUGGACUCCUCUGUUUGUGGGUACUUGGAAGUCAAUAACGAUUUUGUUCUUCUACGUUUA